CACCUGUCAGAGUCACAAAAGAAUAUUUCCGAAAGACGUGUAGCUUGGGUCACAUGGACCGUCCAAUAUAUUGCUGUUUCGAUCUGUGAAAGUCAACGGGAGAAGUUUCGAACUUCUAAUGAGUACUACUCUUGACACUUGAUCCUGCCCAGAGGGACUCGUCCAUCACCGAUCAUUUCACUGCCUUCUAAUCAUCUGUAUUUCCCUUUGCUCUCAUUAUCACAACCUUCCCUCUCUAGAGGCAAAAAAAGCCGCUGUUCCUUUCAUGGCGAUCGUCGACGGCAACGGCGACGCCGACCAGCCUCUGCUGCAAGAAUCAGUGGCGGAUGGCGACUGCGACGGUGGGGAUCAUGAGGACGAAGAGAAGACGAGCUUGAGCAUGAGAGCAUGGGCUGAGACCAGGAAGCUGUGGCACAUCAUCGGCCCUGCCAUCUUCGGCCGCGUGGCCCAAUACACCAUGUUGGUCGUCACGCAGGCAUUCGCAGGGCACCUCGGGGAGGUUGAUCUUGCCGGCAUGUCCAUAGCCAUCAACGUCAUCGUCGGCUUCAAUUACGGCCUCUUGUUAGGUAUGGCGAGCGCGCUCGAGACAUUAUGUGGCCAAGCCUUUGGCGCGAAGAGAUACCACAUGCUUGGCAUCUACCUGCAAAGGUCGUGGAUUGUGCUCUUCCUGUGUUGCUUCUUGCUGCUUCCAUUCUACUUGUUUGCGUCGCCACUCCUGAAGCUCCUAGGGCAGGCGGACGACGUGGCGGAGAUGUGUGGCACGGUAGCUCUGUGGCUCAUCCCGUUGCACUUCAGCUUCGCCUUUCAAUUCCCCUUGUGGAGGUUCUUGCAGAGCCAGCUUAAGACCCAGGUCUUGGCAUGGAUCUCGCUGGCCAGCCUAGUGAUCAACUUGCUCACGAGCUGGCUCUCCAUCUACGUGUUCGACUUUGGCGUGGCGGGGCUGUCCAUCGGCUUGGAUCUCUCUUGGUGGUUCCUGGUGCUCGCAAUGUUCGUGUACACCGCGUGCGGUAGAUGCCCACUGACAUGGACUGGCUUCUCCAUGGAGGCUUUCUCGGGGUUAUGGGAGUUUGUCAAACUGUCCGCUGCUUCUGGAGUUAUGCUUUGUUUGGAGAAUUGGUACUAUAGAAUAUUGAUACUAAUGACUGGAUAUCUCCAAGACGCAACGGUUGCGGUGGAUGCCCUGUCAAUCUGCAUGAGCAUCAACGGUUGGGAGAUGAUGAUCCCUCUUUCCUUCUUUGCCGCAACCGGAGUGAGGGUGGCGAAUGAGCUUGGAACUGGGAACGGCAGGGCCGCGAAAUUUGCUACUGUGGUGUCCGUUGUGCAAUCAACAAUGAUUGGUUGCUUCUUCUGUGCUCUCAUCAUGGCUUUGCAUGACAAAUUUGCGUACAUUUUCACUUCUUCCGCUGAUGUUCUUGAAGAAGUGGACAAGCUCUCUUAUCUUCUAGGCAUCACCAUACUAUUCAACAGUGUUCAGCCUGUUCUAUCAGGAGUUGCUGUUGGAUCGGGAUGGCAAGCGUAUGUUGCGUACAUAAAUUUGGGAUGCUACUAUGUCGUUGGUUUACCUCUUGGAUUUCUCAUGGGUUGGGUUCUCAACUUAGGUGUUAUGGGUAUUUGGGGUGGAAUGAUUUUUGGAGGCACUGCUGUUCAAACUGUGAUAUUGGCCAUAAUAACAAUUCGAUGUGAUUGGGAGAAAGAGGCGGAGAAAGCUAGAGUGCGGGUUGCGAAAUGGUCAACUCCAACCAUUGAAGAUGAUGAAUCGGCUGCUAGCUAAAACUCGUUGUUUGAAGCUGUCGGUGUUACGUAGAUAUAGGUUCAGUGUAAUGGCAAGGAUUAGGAUGUAUUGGACCAGUAGCAAUUACAGCUAUUUGCUCCUUUUCAUGCAACCUUCUAACGACCCUUAUGCAUCUGCAAUCGAUCUUCGAGUUGGGAAAAGGACCAUCAACAACAGAGAGAGAAGAUAUUUGUUGAUUCAAUAACCGUUUGAGAAACUCUAAAAUUUUGAAUCUUCGAAGAUUGGAGCUUUGCUAGCAUAGUGGUCUUUGAGUCAUUAUGAGAGUAGCAUCAUUUUGUGAGCCACAAAUUUUUGAAAGAGUAGGCCCCACAACAAUUUAUAUUGAUUUGCUAUUUAUUUUUUUGGAGGUUCAACAUAUGCUGUUAAUCUCACGGUAGAUUAAGGAUGGUAAUUUAAUCAUUUCUUUUCCUUGAA